GGCGCACCUCCCGCCGCCGCGCCGCGGGCUUUUGUAGCGCCAUGAGCCUGUGGGCCGACAAGCACCGGCCCGGCGCCUUCAGCCGCCUUGACUUCCACCGCGAGCAGGCGGUGCGGCUCCGUAACUUGGUUCAGUGUGGUGACUUUCCUCAUCUGUUGGUGUAUGGACCAUCAGGAGCUGGAAAAAAGACAAGAAUAAUGUGCUUGUUAAGGGAAUUGUAUGGUGCAGGAGUGGAGAAACUGAGGAUUGAGCAUCAGAGUAUAACGGCACCUUCAAAAAAGAAGAUUGAAAUUAGCACCAUUGCAAGUAAUUAUCACCUUGAAGUUAACCCAAGUGAUGCGGGAAACAAUGACCGUGUAGUAAUUCAGGAACUCUUGAAGACAGUAGCACAGUCCCAACAGCUUGAGACAAGCACUCAGCGAGAUUUUAAAGUGGUGCUGUUAACAGAAGUUGACAAACUCACUAAAGAUGCUCAGCAUGCUUUGCGAAGAACAAUGGAGAAAUACAUGGCGACAUGCAGGUUGAUCCUGUGCUGCAACUCCAUGUCAAAAAUUAUAGGACCUAUUCAAAGCAGAUGCCUGGCUAUACGAGUGCCUGCUCCCAGCAUUGAAGAUAUCUGCCAUGUCUUGUCCAGUGUGUGUAAGAAAGAAGGCCUGACUCUUCCUCAGGAACUGGCUCAAAGGAUUGCAGAGAAAUCUGGCAGGAAUCUUCGGAAAGCACUACUUAUGUGUGAGUGCUGCAGAGUACAACAGUAUCCUUUUACUGCUGAUCAAGACAUUCCUGAGAUGGACUGGGAAGUUUACUUGAGAGAAACUGCAAAUGCCAUUGUUGGUCAACAGACACCACAAAGGCUUUUGGAGGUCCGUGGACGGCUUUAUGAACUCUUGACACAUUGCAUUCCUCCCGAGAUUAUAAUGAAGGGCCUCCUGACAGAACUUCUAAAUAACUGUGAUGGACAACUGAAAGGAGAAGUUGCACAGAUGGCGGCCUUCUAUGAACACCGCCUGCAACUGGGCAGCAAAGCCAUUUAUCAUCUGGAAGCAUUUGUUGCAAAGUUUAUGGCAAUCUACAAGAAGUUCAUGGAGGACGGGCUAGAUGACAUGAUGUUCUAACUGAUACCCAAAGUUGUACACAGAAUGUUGUGUCAAGAUACCAAUAAUGUAGCAAAUGCCUACUUGUUGGUGCUUGAUUACAUGUGGGUCUAGUUCCAAGUCAAAUAUUUUUAUUUUGCUAUUUAAUAAAGCAGUGUUUGCUCAGGUUUAGAAACCAGAUGGAGUGUUUGACAGCCACAAAUCCAUCUUUAGAUCCAUACAAAAUACAUUGGCCUUUCAGAAAGACGACGUGUUGCCUUGGAAGAUGUAUAAGAUCAUAGUUGCUUUGUGGUAUUUGUAAGCUGACAUUAAGAAGAGAGAACACAGAUGCUGCGUGCUUGGUUUUUGUUUGUUAAUCACAGAUGGGCAGGGCUGUAAUAAAAAAAAUGCUUUUUCCAUGUUGUGUUAAGUUCCAGCUUGAACAUGUAUUUUCUGCCUGCUGAUCUAUACAUCUUACUGUUUGUCUGGCUUUUUUUUUUUCUUAGCCACAUUGUUUUCUGUGGUGUGCUCACACAGAAUGUUUUCUGACAUUUUUUUCUUUGUGAGCAGUUGUGUUGAAUUUGUGGAUGAACAAACUUUUGUGUUGCUUGUAAAUCAUAUUGAGCACAGGGAACAUCUUGUUUAGAAGAAUUAUGCCUGUAUAAAACAAGUCCACUUGCUGUCUGAUACUUUCACCUCAACAUACAUAAUGCUGUUCAGGUGAAGGUUAUUCCUUUAACUAUUUUUUAACAAAGGAUAAAGUUUUAGCUUUUAAAAAAUAUUUUUUCACCUCUUAAAUUGAUAUGUGACAUUUUUGAAGUGGCAAAAUAAAUUGUAGAAAAUAUGAACAAAAGAAAUGCUGAA